AUGCUUGCUGUAUUUCUCAUUCUCUUUUACCUUUUCCUACUAUUGUCAUUCUUUUUUUCCUUCUUUUUUUCUUUCCCCCAAAUUGUCAUUCUUUUUUUUAUUUCUUAUUCUGUUUUUCUUUUCCCUAAUGUUGUCAUUCUUUUUGUUAUUUCUCAUUCUCCUUUUCCUUACUAUUGUCAUCUUUUAUUCUCAUUCUCUUUUUCCUCUCCCCACUAUUGUUAUUCUUUUUUCAUUCUAUUUUUCCUUAUUCCUAAUAUUGUCAUUCUUUUUAUUUCUCAUUGGCUUUUUCCUUUUCCCUACUAUUGCCAUUCUUUUUCUUUUUCUUUUUUUUCAUUCUCUUUUUCCUUUUCCCUAAUAUUGUCAUUCUUUUUAUUUCUCAUUGGCUUUUUCCUUUUUCCUACUAUUGCCAUUCUUUUUCUUUUUCUUUUUUUUUCAUUCUUUUUUCCUUUUCCCUAA